AUGGUCUCGCUUCAAAUUGUUCAGCAAUCCAAUGCCCGGCUGGCAACUCUUCCCAAGGGCUUAGUUGCCCUGUUCAUCGGCGCAACUUCAGGCAUUGGCCAAAGCGCUCUUGAACAGUUUGCCCAGCAUGCCUCUGCUCCACGCAUCUAUACUGUCGCUCGCCCACAGACUGUUGCCUCACACGAGAAACUUCUCUCCUCUUUGCGGGAGGUCAACCCAGAUGGCGCCUAUAACCUGAUCACGGCCGAUGUCUCUCUCAUCUCAGAGGUCGAUAAAGUAGUCAGUGCUAUCAAACAGGCCGAGACGAAGCUCGACUUGUUGUUUCUGUCACCCGGCUUCAUGGCAUUUGAAGGCCGCAAGGAUACCAGCGAGGGCCUCGACCCAUCCAUGACCACACGCUACUACUCACGACUUCGAGCAGUCGAGCAGCUUCUUCCCCUGCUAAACAAUUCUGCCACCUCAAGCCCAAGAGUCAUGUCGGUUCUGGCCGGAGGAUUUGAGGCUCCGCUAAACGAGAGCGACCUCGAUCUACGCGAUCCUAACAACUGGACAACCUGGAACUCUUCACUCCACUCUGCAACCAUGGGUACAUUGGCCUUUGAGGUUCUGGCCCAACAGAACCCUAACGUCAGCUUCGUGCAUUGGUCUCCUGGGCCAGUAGCUACACCAGGUUUGGCCAAAGCCAAGAAGUUUGGCAUGUCGCCGCCGAACCAAAUGAGUCAGGACGAAAGCGGCGCCCGCGCACUCUUCGUUGGCACCAAUGAUCGAUAUUCCGUCAAGGGCGGGCUCGUGCCAGUUCCAGAGGGACUCGAAGUAGCCAAGAAAUCUGGUGGUGGGGUCUUUAUCAUUAAUCCAGAAGGCGAGUCCGCCGAUAGUGAAAAGGUUCUGGCAGGGAUGAGGGAAAGGGGCGUGGACAAGGCAGUUUGGAGCUUUACGGAGAAGAUGUUUGCUACCCACGCGGGUAAAGCCAAGGAUGAACUAUGA